CAGGAGAGCCGCUGCCGGAGAUAAAACACUGCGGCAAAAUCCACGAUCAAGUGAGACAAAGUGGACAGGUUUUCUGGGACUAAAUAACACCAACUGACUGAUGGUGACGAGAAGAUAGUAGAAUAAUUCAUCACAAAGCAUUGUUCCGCGAGUAACAAUUGAUGACAACAUGGUGUUACUCAGCUGUACAAAAGUUAUUGGGCGUUGUAUGCAUCUCUCAUCAUUCAGCAGGUACCCUGUGCUUUCCACGGUAUCCAAAUCAAACUACCUGGUUAUCGAUCAAAGGUGGUGUUCCUUUGCAUGCAUGAACCGUUCUUUAUCAUCUAGCAAGACACUGCAUGGUGUGACAAAAAACAAUAUAUGGAGUGGUUUUACAGAGCAGGGAAGAUGUUUAAAGGUCCCCUCCGCCCUGCAUCAUUUCGGACAAUGUCAUCCAACAAACUCGCAUACGCACGACGGUCAAAGCCUUGUGCCGUUUCAAGAGUGUGACAAUAAAAGCGUAAAACUUCCAAGACAUCCAAGACACUGCCAUCACAAGCCAGUUCCCGCUCAAUAUUCUCAAGACUCGUUCUCAGACUUUCAAAGAACUCAGUCGUGCCAACAUUUUCAGAACGUUCUUCUACGACCAAGUCAGCAACUCCGGCGUGUUCACCACUGCGCCCAGUUUUGUAGAGCACAGUUUCGACGUAGGGAACCACACAAUUUUGGUCAGGUGGUGGGAUGGAGACAGGAAGGAUGUGCCGAGCUCUUUGGGCGUGGUCAGAUUGGGCGUGGUCAGAUCUUGGGACGCAGCAGUAGGCGGAGUAUGAGCCUGAUGACAUCUGUGGUGAAUGCAGCACCGAGUAAGAUCCAACCCUACAUGAAGCUUAUGAGAAUCGACAAGCCAAUUGGGACGUGGUUGUGCUAUUGGCCUUGUGCGUGGAGUAUUGCAUUGGCUACAGCGCCUGGUCACUUUCCUAGUUUAUACAUGCUUAGUCUCUGCGGACUAGGAGCCCUUGUAGUAAGAGGAGCGGGUUGUACCGUCAAUGACUUGUGGGACAAGGACUUUGAUAAAUCUGUUGAACGGACACGCUCAAGACCCAUAGCUGCAGGUGACAUCAGCCCUAGACAGGCCCUAGUCUUCCUAGCAGCUCAGCUCAGCGUUGCCUUGGGGAUAUUGCUGACUCUUAAUCCAUACAGUAUAGCUCUUGGAUUUGUUGCUGUUCUACCAAUCGUCAUCUACCCACUGAUGAAGAGGAUUACUUACUGGCCACAGGCUUUUCUAGGCUUGACGAUCAACUUUGGAGCUCUGAUUGGCUAUUCAGCAGUACAUGGGUCAUGUGAUUGGAGCAUUGUACUGCCUCUCUACAUGUCGUGUAUGGCGUGGACUUUGGUCUAUGAUACCAUCUAUGGACAUCAGGAUAAGAGAGACGACAUGGCAUUGGGUCUUAGAUCUACAUCCAUCAAGAUGGGUGAGAACACCAAGUAUUGGUUGACAGGAUUUGGUGCCGUUAUGUUGUCUGGUCUGACGACAGCUGGCAUCAUGGCAGAACAAACGUUGCCUUACUACCUAGCAGUAGCGCUCACUGCAGCUCACAUUGGCAACCAGGUGUGGACUGUGGACAUUCACAAUCCUGACGACUGCUGGAACAAGUUCUACUCCAAUCGCAGGCUGGGUGCAAUCAUCUUUGCAGGUAUUGUUGCAGGCACCUUGGCUAAAGCUGCAUCUGAAUCAGCCGAUGGUAAAACGAAGACAGACAAUAGCAGUAAAAUACAGGCAUGAUACUCAUGAUAUUCAUUUUGCGGCACUGGAGACUUUUGGUAAUUACUCAAAAUAAUUUUAGCAUUAUA